UAUGUUUUUCUUUAAUUAUCCUCUUGUCUUUUAACUUUUAUCUCUUGAUUGUUUGUAAUUUCUUAUUCUCUUUAAUUUUUGGAUUGUGUUUACUUUCUAUUUCCAUUUAGAUUUGGAAUAAUAGUUACCAUUUCAUCGUAAUUGUUAACAAUCAUCCAUCAUGAUGAUGAACCACCGAGAGACUGAAAAAUAUACCAAAGGGUUUAUCCUAAAGUGUAUGAAUGUCAUCAUCGAGUCUCGAUUAGGAGAAAUGGUUGUGAGAAAAUGUAGCCCAACUCGAAAUGAUUGGUUUAACAUUGCUCUUAAUGAUAAUGAAGAAGUGUCAACCUCAUGUUUGGAGUGUCUAGAUAAUCUUCAUUGGAUUGAUACGACGAUUAAAGAGGAAGUGAAACUUAAUUCUGGAUUUACCAUUGAUUCUCGGUGGAAAGUUACUUGUGAGGUUUCACUUAAAACCAAUGAAGGUAAAACUCUUAGCUUGGAAUAUUGGAUGUUCGAAAAUAAGCCGAUCAACAAUGUUCAAUCUCCAAUCUCUCCAACUGGAGCUUCUUCUCCACUUGGUGCCAGUCCCAUUUCUGAUCCAUCCAGUGGAUCACCAAUUCCAAGUUCCCGAAAUGCCAGUUCAUUUGCUAAUGUACAUUCAAAAAUGGGCCUAAUGAUUAAAUCUUUAAUGUCACUUGCUCGAGGAACUCCUUCAUUUAAAUUGAGUAACGUUGGACUUAAAGAUCAAUCUCAUAUUAUCUGUUACCGUAUCUGUCAAUGUGAUGUUGAUUUUAACACUUUUCUUAAAUCAAUUAAUCCCGAGAUUGCGGAUGAUAUUCAUAAACAAUUUUCACCGGAAACUAAACUUGGUUCAAUUCGUACAAAUAACAAUUCCAUUGAUGUGUCUUUCUGUUAUCGAGUUAAUCUUGAAACAUGUCGCCUAUUGGAUCCGGUAACAACCAAUAAACCUGAAGAUGGUCCGAUAAACAUUAAGGAAGAUCAUUUUGGCGGAGGUCGAAUACAAGAGAAGGCCAAUACUACCGAAGUAGACAGAAAUAGUCCUUGUUUCGUGGACAAAGCAAGAGAACCUCGAUUAGCUUUUGGUUCAAUCUCACCAAUUGUGCUUCCCUUUCCGCUUUUACCACCAUUACCAAAAGAUUUCCCUGGAAUCAGUGAUGAAUCAGAUAACGAUGAUGACCUAUUAGGAUCUUGUUUCAUGAAUAAUCGUAAAACCCUCACACCGAUAGUUACACCCACUACUACAACCACCAAUAUUAUCGAUACAUUUUCCGGAAAAUCGAACACAAUAACACCAACCAAAACAACCCCGACGUCCAACUUUUCUGGUUCAACGUAUUCCCCUUCUGAGAUUGAGAUUAAUAGGAAUGAUUCACCAACAUUGGAGAAAAAAGUUCCAAAUGCUUCAAAGCCAAUUGUUAUUCCCUCUGAUCGACGUAACAACAAUUAUCGUCAACCCUGUUUGGAUAAUUCACCUGAACCAGUUGGCUCAGGUGAAUCAUAUGUUUUCGUUGAUAAUCGACCUCCUUUUGCUCCAGAUCAUGAUGACAUCGAAAUCCUAUUCACUGGUCCAACACCUUCGUUUGUAACCAAUCCCUCCGGUGGAAGUGAAUUACUUAACAUUCAACAAACUCUUGAUGCCAUGGAAAUUGAAAUGUUAUCAAUUGACGAUUUUCUUGAAUCAUUGGAAAUUAAAUCUGGUGAAGAAGAUGAUGAUGAUGAUGAUAAAGAGGAAGAGGAAGAGAAAGAAGAAGAAGAGGAGGAGGAGGAGAAACGGAAAGAUGAUCAGUCAAUAUAUGCGAAACAGCAGGAAAGCUCAUCAACAAUUAACUCCUCAAAUUAAUCUAUUACAUGAGAAUUAACUAAAUCAUUUUCAAAGAUACUUUUAAUCAUCAUUUUGACAAAGUUACUUUUUUUUUACUCACAUUCUCAGUUCUCGGUGCUCUCCUUUUCCAAGAUUAAUAGUGAUAAAACUUUAUCAUUGUACAGAUUUGCAUCUCCAUCUCCAUCACCAUCAUCAUCAUUUUUGUAAACAACAAUUAAUAUUAAUUUUUAAAGUAAACUUUGUAUCUGAGCUUAAUUACAUGAAUGAAUCUUAAUUCUGUAAUUUUCAUGAA